AUGGCGAAGACCCUCGGCACGCGCAAGGAGGCUGUUACGCUUCCUCCGCUGAGACCUCCCAAGCCGACCCUCAAGUCGAGCUUCAGAAAGGGCCCUCAGCAUUUCGCCAACAAUAUGUGCUGGCAUCAAUACGGACACAACAUGGGAAUUCUGCUCAAGCAUCUUACUUGCAACAUCAGAGAAGAAUACCAUCGUUCCAACAUGGCUGACACCAAGUCCGUCAACGGUAGCGAGGCGGCUCCUGCCGCUGGUCGCGUCGGUGCUUGGACCGAUGCUGAGCGCUUCCAGCUUGUCCUCCGCGUGCUCGCGACCGUGCUUCCUGACGGCAAAGGAGUUGACUGGAAGAACGUCAACAUGGAGGGCCGCACUCUGAAGGCCUUGCAGGGCCAGUGGACUGCUAUCAUUGCUCAGAUGCGUGAGAUCAACACCGGCGAGAACGGAGAGGCCGCUGCCCCGAAGCAGAAGACCCCCCGCAAGACUGCCGUCAAGAAGAAGGCUGUCGCUGCUCCCGAGGAUAGCGAGGAGGCCAACGGCGACCAGGAGCGCAGCGAGGAGACCAAGCCGGUCACUCCGAAGAAGCGCGCUGCGGCGACUAACGCUGAUGGCACUCCCAAGAAGAGACGCACCCCGGGCAAGAAGGCGGCCCAGGUCAAGGCCGAGGCUGAAGAGGCUCAGGAGAAUGAGGAUGAGGCCAAGGUCGAAGGAUCUGAGACUCAGGUCGAGACCAAGGAUGAGAAGGAUGGCGAGCAGUAG